AAAUGGUGUGGGGGGCAAGGUUCGACGCACGGCGCCGGCUCGCGCGCGUCGCGACGUUACGUAAUCGCAAAGUAGAAGUCACCGGGGCCGAAUGUGUCUCUCGGUCUCAGGCGUCCGUCGAACGCGCAGCGCACACACUUAACCGGUGCAUCCACCCGCCGACGCACACGCUACAAGAACAUUUCCUCUUCUCUAAACUCAAAAAACAAUUGAUAACACGCAGUGCGCAGCAAAUGAGUUAAUCCAGUGAAUAAAAAAACAUGCGGAAAAUGUGCGUGGCUAAAAUCAAUCGGCGGUGAACACGAAUGCUAAUUGCUCCGAUGUUAAAUUUAAAUGAAUGUGCAAAAGUAAUGAUUGCGUAAUGCGCGCAUGAGUAAAAUUUGAUUUUUGUGGAUUUUUUUGGUGGAAAUCUGCGGGAGAACUGUAAUUUUCGGCCGGUGUGGUGGCAAGUAUUGGAAAAUCAAUUCCGGGCCCUGAAGGCGGGUGGAGGCGGCGCGCCGGCGGUGUGCACGUGUGAGUGGCGAGUGUGUGCGGAAGCUGAGCCGGCGAAAACGCGCAAAACGUCGAUAAAAUUUAAUUUGCGGUGAAUUUUUUUGGAGGAUUUGGAGUUGAUUGUUGUUAGAUACAUUGAUGGUUAAAGGUCGUGUGGUGGUCGUUGCGGGGUGAUUUGAGGGUUUUGAGGGUUUUUCCGAAGAGAGGCGUGCGCAGCGGACCGGAAGAUGGGCAAGAAGGCCCGCAAGACGAGAUGGCGUGCACUGGCUAUUGAUACCGGUAAUCAAAGUGAUAGUGAAGAAUCACACACUGCCACCCCCGCCGGCGGUAAAAACUACCACUACCAGAGUUCCUACGCGUCGACAACCGCGUACAAUAAUCAUAGCCACGGCCACAACCACCACUACAACGGCUAUCAACCCGCAUCGCACUAUGGCGGCGUCUAUCGCUCAUACCGCUCUGCAAAUGGCGGCAAUACAGCUACUACCAUCAGUGGCAGUGGUCCUAAUACAAAAUACGCCUACAGUAGUCAAGGUGGCGCACCGCGUGGACGAUUCGGACAUCAUCCGCAUCACUACCACCACAACCAUCACUCGCAGGCGGCGGAGUGCAGGAAGGACGACGAUACGAAAACGACGCCCCAGUCGACCGGAAGUAAUGGGAUUGGAAGUGCAACUGGGGGCACGAACUCGGAUGGGAAAAUUACUUUUAACGAAGAUGAAUAUACGCGAAUUACGACUCCUCGACAAGACGUACUAUUCAAGAAGGGUUACCUGAGCAAGCCGAAAGCCUACCAAACGCAAACAUCGACCGGCGCCUCCACCCAUUUCCAUUGUAAGUAA